AAGGCUACAGACGGCCUUCUGAGCAUAUUGAAGAAUAAAGACUGGAAUGGAGAAGAGCAAGCUUUGAAUUCAACCAAGUCUCAUGAAUCCGGACCAGAGGUGUAUCAAACCGACUCACCACACUCCGCCACAGACAUACGGGUUAUCAUUGAUGACGAUAAUCGGCUCCAGACAGGCAUAGAUAAAGCUCUCAGAGACUAUAACAUCGCUCAAUUUGUCACCGUCCAGUCGCCCGGUAAGGAUCACCAGUAUCAAUCCAAACGACAAAAGGUUAUAAUCAGUGAUGCUGGAAGAAUUGGAUCCGCUGAAGAAAAUAGAUUUCUCGACCCUCGUACAAAGAAGUCUUUCGUGUUUGAUCAUCUAGGCCUUGAAGCCUCGGAUCCACGAGAUGAGGAGGUGGAUGGAGAGUCUGAACCAUUCCGAGCCGCUCUCGAUAAUGCUGCUCAGGAGUAUAUAACUGAGCACUACAAAGAUGGUGUAGCAAGCGUAUUUGUUCCUUCACCAGGGAACCUUGUCCUUCAACUGGUCGCCAACAAGUACAACCCACAAAACUUUUGGUCUGGUAGAUGGAGGUCGAAGUACGAAAUUGACCUCAACGAGAAGUCGGUCAAAGGGGUUGUCAAUGUGACGGUGCAUUACUAUGAACAAGGCAAUGUACAAUUGACUACAGGAUUCCAUCCGACUAUUUCGUUACCCCCAUCCUCUCCUUCCCCACAAGCAGCAAGACAACUAUUAUUACAAAUCAUCGAGGCGGAAAAUACGUAUCAGACGACUCUGAGUGAUACAUAUCAUGAUUUGGGCGAGAAGAGCUUCAAAGCGCUGCGACGGGCUUUACCGAUGACUCGAAACAAGAUAGACUGGGACAAGGUCACCGGUUAUAAGCUUGGCGCUGAGCUCACUGCAAGUCGUGGAGGAUUUGGAUCAUGA